ACCGUGUAGAAAGCUCUCAAAAAGCUCAAAAAUUUCGGCUGCGCGGUUUUGAAGCGGAAACAAAGGUCAAAGAAGAACAAUAAAAACAAACGCGCGAAAUGUUGGCUCUUGGGCAGAUAGAGCGAAACUGUUAUCAAAACAAUCAAUAAAGCACCUGAACAACUGAUGAAGCCAUCCAAACGAUCCAAACAUGCCGGCCAAAUUUGUCGAUUGUGCAUGGCCAAGAAAUCUCUGGAAAGUAUAUUUAAGGAAGAAGCACUUCAUCAAUGGAUAAACGAUUAUCUCUCGAUUGAGGUGACUGCUGAUGACCGCUUGAGUCAGUACAUUUGCGCUGAAUGUCGGAGAAAGUUAGGUGAGUUCCACCAGUUCCGAAUACGAUGCCAUGAAACUCAAGAUCUAUUGAUGGCAGCUGAACCUCAGCAUGAAGUUAACCAGAAGCAGGAAGCCGCUGAUAAGCAGAGCGUCGAUCAGUUUCAGUGUGAGGUUUGCAAAAAGCAGUUCGAAGAAUUCAAACAGCUGUACCAACAUAUGAGGAACCACGGGUCGACAGUCCAAUGCAAAAUAUGUCGAAGGGAGUGCAAAUCUAAAAAGCUGUUGUCCGAUCACAUGCGGGUUCAUGGUCCGAAGAAACACCAGUGUCCACGGUGCGAUAAAUCGUUUGUAAGGCGUCAUAACUUGGAGAGCCACAUGCUGCAUUAUCACAAGGAAGUGCUACCGAAAGCUGUGCAAACGCCGAAGAGAAACAUUGAAUCCCCGGACGGUUCCCCUUGUUUCAAAUGUGAUUCGUGCGACCUGGAGUACAAAUACAGAGAAUCGCUGUUCACCCACAAAAAGUAUAUCCAUGGGACGAAGGAACAUGCGUGCAAUAUUUGCGGAAGGUUGUAUUCAAAGCGUGAACGCAUGCUCAAUCAUAUGGAAUCGCAUGGCUCAAGUCGUGACAGCCAGGAAAAAUCUCCUGCGGUAAACGGCAGUGCAACUUUUCAAUGCAGUCGUUGUCCCAAACAAUUCCAUCUAAAAAGUAGAUUGCAGACCCACACAUUGACUGUCCACGUUUUGAAUAAACACGAAUGCCCGAUCUGUGAAUUGCGAUUUUCAUCAAGACGCCGCUUGAAUUGGCAUUCCAAGACACAUCAUCAACCGUCUGAAAGCGAGGCAAGUCAAGUGGUUAGCAGGAAGCAAACACGUAGCAUAACCCAGAUGUCCAAUGGAACGAUGAAACCAGUUGGUAAAGCUAAGCGAAGUCACAAGACGAAUGCGGACCCCAAACCUUCUUGCUCUGAACUUAUUACAGAAAGCAAACAAAAAAGCGUUUCCGAGAUCAAGCAGACCGACAUUGUUGAUGAACAAUUUGAACUAAACGGAAAACAGGACAUGGUUUGGACCGGGCAGGGCGAAGACGUUGUUCUUAUGUUUGAGACUGAAUCGAUCAAAGUUGAACCUUAUGAAGAAACUAUUAGUUAGGUAACAAAAAUAUACACAUGUUAUGAACUUUGGAAUUGUUAACUGAAUUUAAGCUUUAAAAUUGGAUUAUAAAAGCUGAAUUGGAA